AACAUACUCCGUCACGAAAAUCAUGCCGUGUUUGGAUUCUCUGACGAUUUACAGACAGUAGCUGUAUAAUUUUCUCUUCUUCUUGAUGAUGAGCGAGUUCGCUUGCAUGGACUGGGAUCUGCAAGCAAUCGUGCGAGGCUGCAACGUCGCUAAUGGCGCCUCACCCUCCAUAAUUAUGGACGACACACCAGCUUGUUUUUCAUCCUUGAGUCUUCAACAAGAUACCCUUCUCAAAUUUCCUGAUAUUUCUGAAACCACAACGAUUUUAAACGAGUUAGAUGAACUUUAUAAGCCCUUCUAUCCGCAAGCUAUACUCAGUACCGGUCCCAUUUCGGUUCCUGAUGAUGAAGUUAAACUGCCUAAGAAGCUGAGAAAACAGCAGUCUUUCCCUGGUUCCUCGACUGGCACUGAUGAUACCCAGCAAGCAGCUGCCAAACCGAAAAGAGGCAGUAGGAAUCAACACAAAAGAGAAGUAAAACAGGUGACGGCGGAUGGCCUCUCGUCUGAUAUGUGGGCUUGGCGAAAAUACGGACAGAAACCCAUUAAAGGAUCACCGUAUCCAAGGAGCUAUUACAGGUGCAGCAGUUCCAAAGGAUGUUUAGCGAGAAAACAAGUUGAAAGAAGCAGCACAAAUCCGAGUGUAUUUAUCAUAACGUACAGUGCUGAGCAUAACCACAGCCACCCAACACGGAGAAGCUCCCUCGCCGGAAGCACCCGUAGCAAGUCUUCAACGCAAAGAAUUCCGGCCAUGAAUAAUGAGCCAACAGAUCAGCAGUCAGGUCUAACAGUAUACACAGAAGACGAGUCUGUGUACCAAGAAAACAUAAAAAGGGAGCAGGAUGAACACGUUUCUGAAGAAGGAGAAGAAAAUGAAAUUGCCAUGCCCGAUUUAAGUUUUAACGACGACUUGUUUUCAAGCUUGGAAGAUUUGGAAGGACUUUUAUUGGAUCAGUUUCCGGACACCGAAUUAUUUCACCGAUAAAUUAAACAUAAUUGGCAGCAUCUUGUAAUUGGUCAAAUUGCAGUUUUGACACUGUUCAUUGUUUCUUCUUCUUGUAUUGUAAGUUGGUUUUGUAUAAUUCAUCCCUAUGACUACAAAUCUGUGUCUUGUAUUGUAGGCAAUAGUUAAUUCUGAAUGUCAAGAAAGUCGGUUCCCAGUUCAUCAGUUUUCCAAAUACCGACAAAGUUAUAGGUUUUCUUCUUGGCCUUUUUUCUAUCAAAAGCUCCACAAGGAAUUUAUCAAUUUAAC